GUUACGUUCAGAACGCAUGUGAAGGUACGUAGUUAAACGUGUGUAUUUUGUCUUCUGCAUAGGAAAAUGCUAAAAUAAUGUUGUUGACAUGACUGUUUUGUCAGGGAAAAUAUCUCUACCAGACAUGUUUCAUUAUUACACAUCAUACCUUAUCUGUAGUUCUCUGACCUGCCAGGGUUAGUAGCUAACGUUAGCAAGUCAGCUGAACGCUAACUAGCUAGCUGCUAUUGCUAGUUAACUGGAAAGCACAUGGCAAUAGCACAUACAGUAUUCAAGUUGGAACUAUGAUUAGUAGAUAGUGUAAGCUGCAACUACCUACUGAUCAUGCUCUACCUACUGACCUACUGUCUUCUUCCCUUCCUUUGAAUAGGGAGUUCUUGAGAAUGGAAUCCAAAAAGAAACCCUUUUCCCCUAAAGGUGGCAAGAACGUAAUACAGAAAGGAAAAGGUAAGUUAUACGUAAACAGUAGUGGUAGAAGUAAUACUACUACUACUACUACUACUACUAAUAAUAAUAUUAUACUUUUAAAUAUUGGUUUAAUGAUAUGCUGGUAAAAAAUAAUGUGUAGGCCUAACUGACUAGCUACAAACUCUGUUCAGAAGGUACAGGUAAACCUGGGACUAAACCAACAGGUAAACCACCAGGGAAAAGGCCAUUCAAACCACACAGUGGAGAAAAGGGCAAGAAGUUUGAGAAGACUGGAGGAAAGGGGGCUCCACAGAAAUUCUUGAACAAAAAACCCACAGAUGGAAAUUUCACCAAAAAGCGAAAAUUCACACCUGGAAAGGCCAAGGAAGAGGAAGGUAUGAAAUAUGUACAACUGCCAAUUAUCAAACACACUUUUAAUAGGCAACUUUUUGUAAUGGCUUACUGAAAAUGUUUAACAGUAUUUCUUGAAAUAGGCCUAUGUCUUAGAUUUCUGUCUGUUUGCUCAGGUUCCGAGGCCAAGAAACCCAAAUGGGACGAGUUCAAACAGCAGAAGAAGGAGCUGAAACAGAACCGGCAGCAGACUGAAAAAAAGGAGAGUUAUCAAAUAGUGAGCAGAGCCAAGCAAGUGUGGGAGAUGGUCAGAAGGUAUGUUAAACCAGCUACUCUAUUAGUUAUUUACCAGCAGUCUUAACAAAACGUCCAUUUUAGGAUUAAGUUGCAUAUAUUUAUCAAUCAAAUGUAUUUUAUAAAGCCCUUUUUACAUCAGCAGUUGUCACAAAAUGCUAUACUGAUAUCCAGUCUAAAACCCCAAAGAGCCACCAAUGCAGAUUCAGAAGCACGGUGGCUAGGAAAAACUCCAUAGAAAGGUUGGAACUAGGGUUGAAUGCCGGGAACCCGGUUACUGAGAUAUACCGGGAUUUACCACCCAAAACCAUUCCCUUUUCCCGGGAUAAAUAAGUGCGAGAAACUGGUAAAUUAUUUAUAUUUUUUAUUUUUAUUUCACCUUUAUUUAACCAGGUAAACCAGUUGAGAACAAGUUCUCAUUUACAACUGCGACCUGGCCAAGAUAAAGCAAAGCAGUGCGAUAAAAACAACAACACAGAGUUACAUAUGGGGUAAAACAAAAUCAAAAAUACAACAGAAAUACAAUUAAUAUACAGUGUGCAAAUUUAGCAAGUUAUGGAGGUAAGGCAAUAAAAUAGGCUAUAGUGCAAAAUAAUUACAAUUUAGUAUUAACACUGGAAUGAUGUGCAAGAGAUGAUGUGCAAAUAGAGAUACUGAGGUACAAAUGAGCAAAAUAAAUAACAAUAUAGGGAUGAGGUAGUUGGGCGGGCUAAUUUCAGCAUGGCGUGAAAUGGAACUGUUAAAUGAAUAUAUAUAUUAUUAUUUUUUCACCUUUAUUUAACCAGGUAAGCCAGUUGAGAACAAGUUCUCAUUUACAACUGCGACCUGGCCAAGAUAAAGCAAAGCAGUGCAACACAGAGUUACAUAUGGGGUAAAACAAAACAUAAAGUUAAAAAUACAACAAAAUAUAUAUACAGUGUGUGCAAAUGUAGCAAGUUAAGUUAUAUGCGAUGUCUAAAUCUGCCUUCUCUACGGCCUCUGCAUGAUGAAUCAGCAACGCUCAGGGUGGGGACAGACAACCCAUCUCAGUAUGGAGCGCAGUUCACAAUGCAUGUAGACCUAUCAUCUCAUGGUAACUUUUUUUUUCUUGUGACAGGUAGGCCUGCAUUUGCUGCAGCACAGUCUAUGUUACAGUAAUAUAAAGGCCGAAUGCACGUCUAAUUUACCCAUCUCUGUCUGACUUUCAGGAGUCACCGUAUUUUUUAAUUGUAACGUUUUUUUUUUCUUCAGCUGCAGCUUUUUAAAACAGCCUAUCACUCGAAUAUCGUUGCUUUAAAUCAGUGCAUGCACGAGCACGCUCUAACUCUAUUCAAAUUGAAUCCAAAAUAGAUAAUUGAUUGAUAGACAUAUUUACAUUACAUUUACGUCAUUUAGCAGACGCUCUUAUCCAGAGCGACUUACAAAUAGGUGCAUUCACCUUAUAGCCAGUGGGAUAACCACUUUACAAUUUUUUUUGGGGGGGGGGGUAGAAGGAUUACUUUAUCCUAUCCCAGGUAUUCCUUAAAGAGGUGGGGUUUCAAAUGUCUCCGGAAGGUAUAGCCCUGUAUAUAGAUGUCCUAGCCUACCUCUUUCAGGUAAUACAUUCAAUGCAGUAUUAGCCUUAUAUUUAGCUUAUUAAUGAGGGGUUAUGCAUAAUAAGCUUCUAACUUAUAGCCUCGGUCUCUUGCACAAACACUCUUUAGCUCUUGGAGUCCAAUGCAGGAAAAGCUAGACUAGAAUAUUUUUCCAGCAUUUCUUAUACCAAUAGACUAUUCGAAGAGGGAAACAAGCUUUUGUUUUUUGAAUGUUAAAUAUAGCAGCCAAUAGAACUCACAGGUAGAAAGAAGUAAGGGAAGCGCUGCUAAGGUACACAAUAGUAGAUUUUGGUAGACAGAAGAAGCUCUUUGGUAAAAGGGGUACAUUUGUCAUCAAAAAGAAAGGAGGACCAAGGCACUCUUAAUAUAAUUCAUUAAAAUGCCUUUAUUUGUAUGUUCAAUGGAAACCAAGUUUAAAAACUCAGACGCGUUUCGGCUGCAUGGCCAUUGUCAGGGAGAACUCACGGGUAGUUUGAAAAGAAGAGCGAAUGUGUGAUGGCGGUGGGCUAGCAGUUAUUUAUUCAGACCCAUAACCAUUCAAUCUUCGAAGUGAAAGGCUUCUGCAUCUAAUUCUAGUCGUUUACAUUUACAUCAUUUAGCAGACGCUCUUAUCCAGAGCGACUUACAAAUUGGUGCAUUCAACUUAUGAUAGCCAGUGGGGCAACCACUGUUUUUUAAAUAUAUUUUUUAUUGAGGGGGGGUGGGGGUAGAAGGAUUACUUUAUACUAUUCCAGGUAUUCCUUAAAGAGGUAGGGUUUCAGGUGUCUCCGGAAGGUGGUCAGUGACUCCGCUGUCCUGUCGUCGUGGGGGAGCUUGUUCCACCAUUGGGGUGCCAGAGCAGCAAAUAGCUUUGAGUGGGCUGAGCGGGAACUGUGAUUAUGUAGAGGUAGGGGAGCUAGCAGGCCAGAGGUGGAUGAACGUAGUGCCCUCGUUUGGGUGUAGGGACUGAUCAGAGCCUGAAGGUAAGGAGGUGCCGUUCCCCUCACAGCUCCGUAGGCAAGCACCAUGGUCUUGUAGUAGAUGCAAGCCUCAACUGGAAGCCAGUGGAGUGUGCGGAGGAGCGGGGUGACGUGAGAGAACUUGGGAAGGUUGAACACCAGACGGGCUGCAGCAUUCUGGAUAAGUUGUAGGAGUUUAAUGGCACAGGCAGGGAGCCCAACCAACAGUGAGUUGCAGUAAUCCAGACGGGAGAUGACAAGUGCCUGGAUUAGGACCUGUGCCGCUUUCUGUGUAAGGUAGGGUCGUACUCUGCGAAUGUUGUAGAGCAUGAACCUGCAGGAUCGGGUCACCGCUUUGAUGUUAGCGGAGAACGACAGGGUGUUGUCCAGGGUCACGCCAAGGUUCUUUGCACUCUGGGAGGAGGACACAAUGGAGUUGUCAACCGUGAUGGCGAGAUCAUGGAGCGGGCAGUCCUUCCCCAUGAGGAAGAGCAGCUCCGUCUUGCCGAGGUUCAGCUUGAGGUGGUGAUCCGACAUCCACGCUGAUUUGUCUGCCAGACAUGCAGAGAUGCGAUUUGCCACCUGGUUAUCAGAAGGGGGAAAGGAGAAAAUUAUUUGUGUGUGUCUGCGUAGCAAUGAUAGGAGAGACCAUGUGAGGAUAUGACAGAGCCAAGUAACUUAGUGUAUAGAGAGAAUAGGAGAGGGCCUAGAACUGAGCCCUGGGGGACACCAGUGGUGAGAGUACGUGGUGUGGAGACAGAUUCUCGCCACGCCACCUGGUAGGAGCGACCUGUCAGGUAGGACGCAAUCCAAGAGUGAGCAGUGCCGGAGAUGCCCAACUCGGACAGGGUGGAGAGGAGGAUCUGAUGGUUCACAGUAUCAAAGGCAGCGGAUAGGUCUAGAAGGAUAAGAGCAGAGGAGAGAGGGUUAGCUUUAGCAGUCCGAAGAGCCUCUGUGACACAGAGAAGAGCAGUCUCAGUUGAAUGACCAGUCUUGAAACCUGACUGGUUUGGAUCAAGAAGGUCAUUCUGAGAGAGAUAGCAGGAGAGUUGGCUAGAGACGGCACGCUCAAGAGUUUUGGAGAGAAAAGAAAGAAGGGAUACUGGUCUGUAGUUGUUGACAUCGGAGAGAUCGAGUGUAGGUUUUUUGAGGAGGGGUGCAACUCUCGCUCUCUUGAAGACGGAAGGGACAUGGCCAGCGGUCAAGGAUGAGUUGAUGAGCGAGGUGAGGGAGAAUGUCUCCGGAAAUGGCCUGGAGAAGAGAGGAGGGGAUAGGGUCAAGCGGGCAGGUUGUUGGGCGGCCGGCCUUCACAAGUCGCAAGAUUUCAUCUGGAGAGAGAGGGGAGAAAGAAGUCAAAGCAUAGGGUAGGCAAGUGUGAGCAGGACCAGGGGUGUCAUUUGACUUCAUAAAUGAGGAUCGGAUGUCGUCAACCUUCAUUUCAAAAUGGUUGACGAAGUCAUCCACAGAGAGGGAGGAGGAGGAUUCAGCAGGGAGGAGAAGGUGGCAAAGAGCUUCCUAGGGUUAGAGGCAGAGGCUUGAAAUGUAGUGGUAGAAAGUGGCUUUAGCUGCGGAAACAGAGGAAGAGAAUGUAGAGAGGAGGGAGUGAAAAGAUGACAGGUCCGCAGGGAGUCUAGUUUUCCUCCAUUUCCCGGAGCACUCUUCUGUGAGCUCGCAAUGAGUCGUCAAGCCACGGAGCAGGAGGGGAGGACCGAGCCAGCCGGGAGGAUAGGGGACAUAGAGAGUCAAAAGAUGCAGAAAGGGAGGCGAGGAGGGUUGAGGAGGCAGACUCAGGAGAUCGGAGGGAGAAGGAUUUAGCAGAGGGAAGAGAUGAUAGGAUGGAAGAGGAGAGAGUAGCGGGAGAGAGAGAACGAAGGUUGCGACGGCACAUUACCAUCUGAGUAGGGGCAGAGUGAGUAGUGUUGGAGGAGAGCGAGAGAGAAAAGGAUACAAAGUAGUGGUCAGAGACUUGGAGGGGAGCUGCAGUGAGAUUAGUAGAAGAACAGCAUCUAAUAAAGAUGAGGUCAAGCGUAUUGCCUGCCUUGUGAGUAGGGGGGACAGUGAGACGGUGAGGUCAAAAGAGAAAAGGAGUGGAAAGGAGGCAGAGAGAAAUUAGUCAAAUGCAGACGUAGGGAGGUUAAAGUCACCCAGAACUGUGAGGAGUGAGCCAUCCCCAGGAAAGGAACUGAUCAAGGCGUCAAGCUCAUUGAUGAACUCUCCAAGGAAACCUGGAGGGCGAUAAAUGACAAGGAUGUUAAGCUUGAAUGGGCUAGUGACUGUGACAGCAUGGAAUUCAAAUGAGGAGAUAGACAGAUGGGUAAGGGGAAAAAGAGAGAAUGUCCACUUGGGAGAGAUGAGGAUUCCUGUGCCACCACCACACUGACCAGAUGCUUUCGGGGUAUGCGAGAACACGUGGUCAGACGAGGAAAGAGCAGUAGGAGUAGCAGUGUUUUCUGUGGUAAUCCAUGUUUCCGUCAGUGCCAAGAAGUCGAGGGACUGGAGGGUAGCGUAGGCUGAGAUGAACUCUGCCUUGUUGGCCGCAGAACAGCAGUUCCAGAGGCUGCCAGAGACCUGGAACUCCACGUGGGUCGUGCGCGCAGGGACCACCAGAUUAGUGGCAACAGCCACGUGGUGUGAAGCGUUUGUAUGGCAUGUGCAGAGAGGAGAGAACAGGGAUAGACAGACACAUAGAUGACAGGCUACAAUAAUGCAAAGGAGAUCGGAAUGAAAUGAUCUAAACAUCUGGGAAAGCGAGAGAGCGGGGCCUCCCUCACUUACGUUUCACUGAAACACUCAAAUAUAACUCUCCCAACUUCCACUUUAGAAAUUAUAAUUGUUGUAAACUACAGUGGUUCAAUGUUUUCUAGGAAUAGACUCUAACUUAGUUUAUUCAGCUAGCUAACUUGGUACAGGGCACCGAAUCCUAUGACGCCAAAGCCAACUAGCAUGCCAGCCUCCAAUAACACGGUUUAGCACCAAUACUCGGUUACAACAAACCACCAGUGUGUUAACACGCCAAGCAGAUCAUUCGUGUCCGUAUCUAAUGUUGUGUAAAGUUUUGGUUUUGUUUUGACAGUUUGAGUGAGUAGGUCGUCAAUUUAUUCAGCCAGUUAGUUAGCUAGAAUAGUUAGUAUACUAGCUAGCCAUUGCUCUCUGCCAACGAACUAACCCCUCCUCCCACGGCACGAACACACAGAGAGCCAAGCUAAUGUUAACUAGUCACCCAUGUCCCGAAUUGCCUUGAACGACUCUGGUUACCAGUAUGUAAAAAAAUUAAAAUAAUAACUUACCCUUAGUAGCUACUGUUAGCCAGUUACGUGCAAAGCUAGCCACUGAAUCGAUUCAGCCAGUUCGCGUCUGUCCCAACGGAGAGAAAGCGUCUCCAAAUAUUAAAGCUAGGUCGUUCCAGCUAUUGUUUAGUUAGCUAUCCAGGUAGCAACCAGCUAGCUACAUUUCGAGUACAGUAGCUACUAAUUACCUAACGUUAACGCUUCAGAUAAUGAGGUUAGAAAAACAGCUGAAUGGUAGGUAGCUAACUGGCAUAAUUACAGGUACUCUUAAGCGUGAAAUAACAUUGGAAACAACUAUUCACAGUUGCUAGUAGUUACCAGUAGCUACCCGCUAGCUAGCUAGCUUUAUUGGUCCAGGUAGUGAGUUAGCUAGCCUUGUGCUUCACCGGGCUCAGCCGAAUACAAUACUUACCUACAAUAAUUACCUACAAUAACUACCUACCUACAUUCUAAAUACAUGGUUUAAGCUUUACUCGACACCAUAUAAGCCAAGCUUACCUCCCGCCAGAGAGAGAGACAACCUCACCCGAUGCUGUCGUUUGCAGGACAGUCCUGCAAACUGUCCUAUAUUAUUCAAGGAUGUCAUUAGAAUUAUGAAGAUAUGGACAACGAAACUUAUUUCAUUUAUCUGUUGAAAGCGAGGAAGGAAUGACGCAACAAUAGAGAGAAAGUGGAGGUAGGCUAAUAACAUUGGAGGAAAUAUUAUGAAAGAUAUGCGUCUGCCUACUAAUUAUACAAAUAGUCCCUAUUUUUAAAAAAAUCACAUUCGCUAGCCUAUACUUGUAACUUUUUAGGCCGCAUGUCCUGCAUCAGAAUCGCAUGUUCUCUCCCUACUUUAUCAUGGUUUGAACGAUGUGAGUAAUUCCAGUCCAUAUUAAACAGUUUAAUAGAGUACAGUAAUACAGUUCACACAAGAUUAGCCUACUGGAACUAGUUUUAUUUACUUAGCCAAGAGAGCAUAUAGCUAGCUACAUCUAUGGGCUUUUAUGUUUUUCUGUUGUGCAUAAUCUACAGUAGCCUAUAUCAUAUAUGUAUUGGAUAACGGCACAAUCAUUUGGGCUUUGGCUCAUUAAAUGUCUUUAAUGUAUGGCUCAUAAAAUAUAUUUAAUGUAUGGCUCAGGUAGCAUCAGGCUUGAAUUUUCUAUCAAAGCUCUAAUCAAAUCCAGACACCGGCUUAUUUACAGUGAGGGAAAAAAGUACUUGAUCCCCUGCUGAUUUUGUACGUUUGCCCACUGACAAAGAAAUGAUCAGAUUAUAAUUUUAAAUGUAGGUUUAUUUGAACAGUGAGAGACAGAAUAACAACAACAAAAUCCAGAAAAACACAUGUCAAAAAUGUUAUAAAUUGAUUUGCAUUUUAAUGAGGGAAAUAAGUAUUUGACCCCUCUGCAAAACAUGACUUAGUACUUGGUGGCAAAACCCUUGUUGGCAAUCACAGAGGUCAGACGUUUCUUGUAGUUGGCCACCAGGUUUGCACACAUCUCAGGAGGGAUUUUGUCCCACUCCUCUUUGCAGAUCUUCUCCAAGUCAUUAAGGUUUCGAGGCUGACGUUUGGCAACUCGAACCUUGAGCUCCCUCCACAGAUUUUCUAUGGGAUUAAGGUCUGGAGACUGGCUAGGCCACUCCAGGACCUUAAUGCGUUUCUUCUUGCGGUCCUCUGUAGCUCAGCUGGUAGAGCACGGCGCUUGUAACGCCAAGGUAGUGGGUUCGAUCCCCGGGACCACCCAUACACAAAAAUGUAUGCACGCAUGACUGUAAGUCGCUUUGGAUAAAAGCGUCUGCUAAAUGGCAUAUUAUUAUUAUUAUUAUUAAGGUAGUGGGUUCGAUCCCCGGGACCACCCAUACACAAAAAAAAUUUAUGCACGCAUGACUGUAAGUCGCUUUGGAUAAAAGCGUCUGCUAAAUGGCAUAUUAUUAUUAUGUUCUAUGGGCUUAAGGUCUGGAGACUGGCUAGGCCACUCCAGGACCUUAAUGUGCUUCUUCUUGAGCCACUCCUUUGUUGCCUUGGCCGUGUGUUUUGGGUCAUUGUCAUGCUGGAAUACCCAUCCACGACCCAUUUUCAAUGCCCUGGCUGAGGGAAGGAGGUUCUCACCCAAGAUUUGACGGUACAUGGCCCCGUCCAUCGACCCUUUGAUGCAGUGAAGUUGUCCUGUCCCCUUAGCAGAAAAACACCCCCAAAGCAUAAUGUUUCCACCUCCAUGUUUGACGGUGGGGAUGGUGUUCUUGGGGUCAUAGGCAGCAUUCCUCCUCCUCCAAACACGGCAAGUUGAGUUGAUGCCAAAGAGCUCCAUUUUGGUCUCAUCUGACCACAGCACUUUCACCCAGUUAUCAUCUGAAUCAUUCAGAUGUUCAUUGGCAAACUUCAGACGGAACACAGAUGUGCUUUCUUGAGCAGGGGGACCUUGCGGGCGCUGCAGGAUUUCAGUCCUUCACGGCAUAAUGUGUUACCAAUUGUUUUCUUGGUGACUAUGGUCCCAGCUGCCUAGAGAUCAUUGACAAGAUCCUCCCGUGUAGUUCUGGGCUGAUUCCUCACCGUUCUCAUGAUCAUUGCAACUCCACGAGGUGAGAUCUUGCAUGGAGCCCCAGGCCGAGGGAGAUUGACAGUUCUUUUGUGUUUCUUCCAUUUGCGAAUAAUCGCACCAACUGUUGUCACCUUCUCACCAAGCUGCUUGGCGAUGGUCUUGUAGCCCAUUCCAGCCUUGUGUAGGUCUACAAUCUUGUCCCUGACAUCCUUGGAGAGCUCUUUGGUCUUGGCCAUGGUGGAGAGUUUGGAAUCUGAUUGAUUGCUUCUGUGGACAGGUGUCUUUUAUACAGGUAACAAGCUGAGAUUAGGAGCACUCCCUUUAAGAGUGUGUUCCUAAUCUCAGCUCGUUAACUGUAUAAAAGACACCUGGGAGCCAGAAAUCUUUCUGAUUGAGAGGGGGUCAAAUACUUAUUUCCCUCAUUAAUAUGCAAAUCAAUUUAUAACAUUUUUGACAUGCGUUUUUCUGGAUUUUUUUGUUGUUAUUCUGUCUCUCACUGUUCAAAUAAACCUACCAUUAAAAUUAUAGACUGAUCAUUUCUUUGUCAGUGGGCAAACAUACAAAAUCAGCAGGGGAUCAAAUACUUUUUUCCCUCACUGUAUAUGCUUUAUAAUGCUUUUGAAUAACACUUCUGGUUUUGGCGGGAAAUACUGGGUUACCCUGGAGAAAAGUAAUUUGUUCUCGGGAUAGAACAUUUGUAAAAUACCAGGGAUAUAUUCAACCUUAGCAGGAACUUAGGAAAAAACCUAGAGAGGAACCAGGCUCAGAGGGGUGGCUAGUCCUCUUCUGGCUGUGCCUGGUACGUGGCCAUUCUUCAAGCCAUUUUAAACGUUCAUAGAUGACCAGUAGGGCCAAAUGAAAACCACAGUGGUUAUAGAGGGUGCAAUAGUUCAACACCUCAGGACUAAAUGUAAUUUGGCAACAGCAACAUUUAGACAUGUAUUUAUUAUGUGUCCCUCUUUUUCAACACAGGAAAGAUUGCGACAAAGAGAAGAGGAUCAAACUCAUGAAAGAGCUUCAAGAACUUGUUAAAGGAAAGAUAAAAACAGUGAGUACAGUCUAACAUUUACACUGCUGAAAGGCGCCAUUCGAAUCUAUAAUUUACUGUAGAUUGUGCAUUGUCAAUCAUGACAAUGUACGAAUUGAGAGCAUGGCACAAUGGAGAAUUUGCCAUCCACUGAAAUGAUUGGACUGACAAUGACUGUCAAUACUUGAGUACAAUAAAACAAUUGAGCACAAUAGAAUUGUUCAAAUUAGUUUUCAGUGCAUGACAUCCAAAUGCUCAAGUUUGCAGAUAAAGAUUAAAUCGUAUUGUUCUUCUUUUUCAGAUAGCAUUUGCUCACGACUCCACCAGAGUCCUCCAGUGUUUCAUCCAGUUUGGGAACGACAAGCAAAGACAGGAGGUUUUUGAUGAACUCAAAGGUCAGUGGUUUGUUCUGUUGUUCUAAUAUUCUGUUGUUGUUCUCUGAAUAUUGUCAGUAGCUUUUGUCAUGUCAAUCACAAUGCUCUGUAUCUCAAUGAUGUUAUUAUUUUCUGUAGGUGAUAUGGUCGAGCUGAGUAAAUCAAAGUAUGCCAGAAAUAUUGUGAAGAAGUUUUUAAUGUAUGGGUAAGUAUGCCUUUUUCUUCCUCAGACAUUUUGCUUGUACAUAGUCGUCACACUAGCAGUAGAUGUAUUAUUUCCAUAUCAUCCGAUCUUAUGUUGAUAGCAUUAGAUCCUAGCAGGAAAGCCGGCCAAAAUAUAGUAAAAACAAUAAAUGGGUCAUCUUGUUGAAUAAAUCACAGAAUUGUAAAUCUUAGUAUGUACAUGAUUCAACAGUAAUCCUUUGUGCUCGCAUGCCAAUAUCAUUUCAAAAUUGUAGUGCUGCUUGAUCUGAUCUGUGGUUGAAUUCCCUGAUCAUUUGUUUAGGAGGCAUUGAAAUAGGAAUUGAAGUAAAUUAUUCAAAACUUCACUCAUUGUAAUCCUGACCUUUGCUGAAGAUACAAGUUGUUUCAAGUAUAAUCUAAUUCAUGGCUCCGAUUAUUAAAGGAUGGGGAAAUGUUAUCCCGUUAUGAAGGCAUAUCUUGUAGGAUGAAUAUAAAGGUCAGCAUUUGAUUGAUUGGUUUACAUUGUGAACACUCAUCUCUGUAUUUCCUGGCAUCUUCCAUGUGUAAGAUUUGGAGAAUGAUAUCCGGGGAGAAAGUUCAAGUCAUAUUCAUCUCUGUAUUGAGUCUCUCUACUCACUACUAGUUUAUCUGACAUGCAGUGAUGUUACAUCUUGAAGAAGUAAUCCUGACAUGGGUUUCUGAAUGAAAAUCUGACGUCAGGUGUGUGUGUCAUUUGUCCCACAGGAAUAAAGAGCAGGUUGCGGGUGUGAUGGUGGGCUUCAAGGGGAAAGUGAGGCAGAUGCUGCGUCACUCGGAAGCGUCGUCGGUGGUGGAAUACGCUUACAACGACAAGGCCAUCCUCUCCCAGAGACUCAUGCUCACUGAGGAGCUCUACGGAACCACAUUCCAAGUCUUCAAGGUCGGGACACAUCCCACACCUCUCCCACUAGCACAGUGUAAUAGUGUAGUUCUAAGAGUCGAGAAACUGCCCUCAUACACCCCUUCUCUCAUAAUCCAGUCUUUCUGAUUGCUUGUCUCUGUGAAUAUCGCCUGGAGUGGAUGUUAUGCAGAAUGUUACUGACAGUUGGCGUGUUUGUUCACAGUCGGCAGUGUGCCCCACGCUAGAGAAGGUGCUGGAGGCGAACCCGGACAAGGUUAAUGGCAUUUUGGAGGAGAUGAAGCAGAUCCUUACCCCCAUGACCACAAAGUGGGUAUUAUUGCGCACACACACACACCUCUAACCCUUCCAUCUCCACAAGAGAAACAGAAAAUUAAUCAAAAUACUGCUUUUGAUUUCUGUCCAUGUUCUCUUCUCCCACAGAGAGGCUGUGAUCAAACAUUCUCUGGUGCACAAAGUGUUUCUGGACUUUUUCCUGCAUGCCCCAGCCAAACAGAGGACUGUAAGUAAAACCACCAAUGGCUGUAUAAUAAUAAUAAUAAUAUGCCAUUUAGCAGACGCUUUUAUCCAAAGCGACUUACAGUCAUGCGUGCAUACAUUUUUGUGUAUGGGUGGUCCCGGGGAUCGAACCCACUACCUUGGCGUUACAAGCGCCGUGCUCUACCAGCUGAGCUACAGAGUACCACAUAAAUGACUGAGCAAAUCCUACCAUUUUUCUAAUACCAUUUUGAUCAUGUGACUUCACAGGAAAUGAUUGAGUCAAUAAGGGAGUCUGUGGUGUAUAUGGCCCACACCCACGAUGGAGCUAGAGUAGCAAUGCACUGCCUGUGGCAUGGGACACCUAAGGUGAGUAUUCACUCGGGCCUUAUAGAGAGGUGAGCCUCACCAACCACAGACUAGUGUGUGUUCUUUUGUAUGUAUAGUGAUUUAUUUGUUCCAUCUUUCAGGACAGAAAAGUCAUCAUUAAAACCAUGAAGACAUACAUGGAGAAGUUUGCAAUGGUACUCAAGACAACAACAAACAGACAAUAUUUGAUUGCCGCAGUCAGACAUGCAAAUAUGUAAAUGUGAGUGACUGACUGAUUGGUCUGUUGGUUUUCUGUCCAGGGAGAGUAUGCGUUCUUAGUCCUCAUUGCUGCCUUUGACUGCAUAGACGACACCAAGCUAGUGAAGCAGGCCGUCCUAUCAGAGAUUCUUGCUUCCCUGCCUGAUGUCAUCACUAAUAAGAAUGGAAAGAAAGUGCUGCUGUACCUGCUCAGCCCGCGAGACCCCGCCCACCUGUUACCUGAAAUCAUCCAGGUGCUGGAGAAGGGGGACGGGAACGCCCACAGGUGAGUCCUGCCACCACCUACCAAUCAUUCUAAAGGCGUCAGGUUGCUUCAGUUCGGCUGGCGCCUAGCUGAACUCGGCUAGGUGAAUCGAACAAGUGUGCUCACAUACUCGCUUAAAAGUCCUUCACUUGAAAAACAAGAAAAAAGCGGCAAUACUAUUGUUUGUCCAGUAUACUCUUCCUCAAAAUAGUCAGAAUUAUCUAAGAUAACUCAAGAACUCUGUCAUAAAUUUUACAUCUAACUAAACUGUUUGGCGCAAUAUUACUCAAUAAUUUUUUUUGCAUGAAAACAAGUCAUUUGUCAUUGAAUGACAGACUUUGAAGUAUCCCUACUGUUGACAAAUCACAAUCGAAGGGGCGUAGACUUCGGCUACCGACUCGGCUACCGACUUCGGCUACCGACUUCGGCUACCGACUUCGGCUACCGACUUCGGCUUGCCUCGAGAGAAAUGUGUGUGCCUGAACAGCCAAAUAAUCCUUACCGAAGUCCAAAACCAACAAUAAUAUAUGCACAAACCUUUCCGAACUGUUUUGGCUGGGAAGCAUGCGGACGCCUUAACCAGCUAGCUAGAUUAGAACAAAGGAAGGGUAACUGUCCAAACCUACCCGAGAGUCAUUUCUUAACAUGCCUAAAUUGCUAUUUUGAACCCAAUUGGAUAGAAAAGAUGAAAUAAAUGCCAUCUAUGUGUCAUGCUUUUCAUAGCCUGCACUUUAAAUGGUCUCCAUCUGACCCUCUGUCCCUUUAGUAAGAAGGAUGUUGCCCUUCGCCGGAAGGAGCUCCGGGAGGCGGUGUCUCCGCACCUGAUUCAGCACCUGUGUGACCACGCCCGCACCAUGGCAAUGAACAAGGCCUCCAGUGUCACCGUUAGCGACAUUCUGGGGUCCGCUAUUGGGGACCUGCGUCCUGCCAUGGAGGCUGUGGCUGAGCUGGCUGCUGACGACUUCACACCAGGAGGAGUGGAGGGGCAGGUGAGGAGGGGUCAGAGGCAUGAUGUGUCUGUCAUAUUAAAGUAGCAGAAUGAAUGUGUGUCAUAGGUGAGAGUUGCACUUGGUUUUGAAGUCUCCAUUGGGUUUGCUUCUUCAAUCUGUUUGGUCAACUGCAGGAUGAUUGUCCAGGCUUGGUAUCGGGAACACUUGGAGGGCAAAAUCUGUUUCUCUCUCCUGUCCCCUAGCAAGAGCAUGGUAUUCAUUGUGAACAUGUUUUCCAUGUCUGUGUCCUGUCCUCUAGCUACACAUGGCUGAGCACCCUGCUGGGCAUCUGGUGCUCAAGUGGCUGAUCGAACAAGACAGCAAGAUGAAGGAGGCCGGGAGAGAAGGUAUGACUGUCUGCACAAAUAUCACCUGUAGGGCUGACCGUACAUAUGACCUCACAAAUACACUCCCCUACGUACAGUGGGGGAAAAAAAGUAUUUAGUCAGCCAACAAUUGUGCAAGUUCUCCCACUUAAAAAGAUGAGAGAGGCCUGUAAUUUUCAUCAUAGGUACACGUCAACUAUGACAGACAAAUUGAGGAAAAAAAAUCCAGAAAAUCACAUUGUAGGAAUUUUCAUGAAUUUAAUUGCAAAUGAUGGUGGAAAAUAAGUAUUUGGUCACCUACAAACAAGCAAGAUUUCUGGCUCUCACAGACCUGUAACUUCUUCUUUAAGAGGCUCCUCUGUCCUCCACUCGUUACCUGUAUUAAUGGCACCUGUUUGAACUUGUUAUCAGUAUAAAAGACACCUGUCCACAACCUCAAACAGUCACACUCCAAACUCCACUAUGGCCAAGACCAAAGAGCUGUCAAAGGACACCAGAAACAAAAUUGUAGACCUGCACCAGGCUGGGAAGACUGAAUCUGCAAUAGGUAAGCAGCUUGGUUUGAAUAAAUCAACUGUGGGAGCAAUUAUUAGGAAAUGGAAGACAUACAAGACCACUGAUAAUCUCCCUCGAUCUGGGGCGCCACGCAAGAUCUCACCCCGUGGGGUCUUGCUUCUUCAAUCUGUUUGGUCAACUGCAGGAUGAUUGUCCAGGCUUGGUAUCGGGAACACUUGGAGGGCAAAAUCUGUUUCUCUCUCCUGUCCCCUAGCAAGAGCAUGGUAUUCAUUGUGAAUAAUGUAGGGCCCUAUACAAUCCAUUUUUUAUAAAAUAAUGUUUUGUUUGGGGGGGGUUCUACUAAACUAACAUAUAGAAUUGGUUUAAGAUGGUCAUACCAAUGAUCAUUUAGCUAUUUUGAUUCAGAAUUUUAGGACCCCUUUAGGUGUAAAAGUGUAUAUACAUUGGGGAAAACAAUUAUUUAGUCAGCCACCAAUUGUGCAAGUUCUCCCACUUAAAAAGAUGAGAGAGGCCUGUAAUUUUCAUCAUAGGUACACGUCAACUAUGACAGACAAAUUGAGAGAGAAAAAUCCAGAAAAUCACAUUGUAGGAUUUUUAAUGAAUUUAUUUGCAAAUUAUGGUGGAAAAUAAGUAUUUGGUCACCUAAAAACAAGCAAGAUUUCUGGCUCUCACAGACCUGUAACUUCUUCUUUAAGAGGCUCCUCUGUCCUCCACUCGUUACCUGUAUUAAUGGCACCUGUUUGAACUUGUUAUCAGUAUAAAAGACACCUGUCCACAACCUCAAACAGUCACACUCCAAACUCCACUAUGGCCAAGACCAAAGAGCUGUCAAAAGACACCAGAAACAAAAUUGUAGACCUGCACCAGGCUGGGAAGACUGAAUCUGCAAUAGGUAAGCAGCUUGGUUUGAAGAAAUCAACUGUGGGAGCAAUUAUUAGGAAAUGGAAGACAUACAAGACCACUGAUAAUCUCCCUCGAUCUGGGGCUCCAUGCAAGAUCUCACCCCGUGGGGUCAAAAUGAUCACAAUAACCGUGAGCAAAAAUCCCAGAACCACACGGGGGGACCUAGUGAAUGACCUGCAGAGAGCUGGGACCAAAGUAACAAAGCCUACCAUCAGUAACACACUACGCCGCCAGGGACUCACAUCCUGCAGUGCCAGACGUGUCCCCCUGCUUAAGCCAGUACAUGUCCAGGCCCGUCUGAAGUUUGCUAGAGUGCAUUUGGAUGAUCCAGAAGAGGAUUGGGAGAAUGUCAUAUGGUCAGAUGAAACCAAAAUAUAACAAAGAACACCAUACCUACUGUGAAGCAUGGGGGUGGAAACAUCAUGCUUUGGGGCUGUUUUUCUGCAAAGGGACCAGGACGACUGAUCCGUGUAAAGGAAAGAAUGAAUGGGGCCAUGUAUCGUGAGAUUUUGAGUGAAAACCUCCUUCCAUCAGCAAGGGCAUUGAAGAUGAAACGUGGCUGGGUCUUUCAGCAUGACAAUGAUCCCAAACACACCGCCCGGGCAACGAAGGAGUGGCUUCGUAAGAAGCAUUUCAAGGUCCUGGAGUGGCCUAGCCAGUCUCCAGAUCUCAACCCCAUAGAAAAUCUUUGGAGGGAGUUGAAAGUCUGUGUUGCCCAGCGACAGCCCCAAAACAUCACUGCUCUAGAGGAGAUCUGCAUGGAGGAAUGGGCCAAAAUACCAGCAACAGUGUGUGAAAACCUUGUGAAGACUUACAGAAAACGUUUGACCUGUGUCAUUGCCAACAAAGGGUAUAUAACAAAGUAUUGAGAAACUUUUGUUACGGACCAAAUACUUAUUUUCGACCAUAAUUUGCAAAUAAAUUAAUUAUAAAUCCUACAAUGUGAUUUUCUGGAUUUUUUUUUCUCAUUUUGUCUGUCAUAGUUGACGUGUACCUAUGCUGAAAAUUACAGGCCUCUCUCAUCUUUUUAAGUGGGACAACUUGCACAAUUGGUGGCUGACUAAAUACUUUUUUUCCCCACUGUGUAUAUAUAUAUAUAUAUAUAUAUAUAUAUAUAUAUAUAUAUAUAUAUAUAUAUAUAUAUAUUUGAUGAAACAUUUAAAUUAGGCCUUGCUGCUAUUAGCCCAUAUAAAUGCAUUGAAUAACAGAUUCAUAUAUAGGAAAAACAGAUAAUCAAAAGGAAGUUUGUUUUAAAGUGUCUGAAUCAAAAGGAAGUUUUUUUUAAGUGUCUGUCCUAUAUAUGAGGAUCCUGAUUUUUUUAUUUUUACCCAUAUUAAAAAAAGGGCACCAAACUACUUCCAUAUACAGUGCAUUCUGAAAGUAUUCAGACCACUUUACUUUUUUCAAAUUUUGUUACGUUAAAGCCUUACUAAAAUUGAUUAAAUUGGUUUAAAAAAACCGGAUAUCACAUUUAUCACAACCCUGGCUACUUGGUUGAAGCACGUUUGGCAGCGAUUACAGCCUCGAGUCUUCUUGGGUAUGACGCUACAAGCUUGGCACACCUGUAUUUGGGGAGUUUCUCCCAUUUUCUCUGCAGACCCUCUCUGGAGAGCGUCGCUGCACAGCUAUUUUCAGGUCUCUCCAUCAAUCAAAUGUACUUAUAAAGCCCUUUUUACAUCAGCAGAUGUGACAAAGUGCAAUACAGAAACCCAGCCUAAAACCCCAAACAGCAAGCAAUGCUGAUGUAGAAGUACGGUGGCUAGGAAAAACUCCCUAGAAAGGCAGAAACCUAGAGAGGAACCAGGCUCUGAGGGGUGGCCAGUCCCCUUCUGGCUGUGCAGGGUGGAGAUUAUAGCAGUAAAUGGCCAUUAAGGCCAGAUUUUUCUCCAAGAUGGUCAAACAUUAAUAGAUGACCAGCAGGGUCAAAUAAUAAUCACAGUGGUUGUACAGGUUGCAACUGGUCAGUACAUCAGGAGUAAAUGUCACUUGGCUUUUCAUAGCCGGGCAUUUAGAGGUUGAAAUAGCAGGUGGGGUAGAGCGAGUUGGAAACAGCAGGUUUGGGACAAGGUAGCACGUCCGGUGGACAGGUCAGGGUUCCAUAGCAGCAGGCAGAAAAGUUGCAACUGGAGCAGCAGCACGACCAGGUGGACUGGGGACAGCAAGGAGUCAUCAAGCCAGGUAGUCCUGAGGCAUGGUCCUAGGGCUCAGGUCCUCCGGGAAGGGAGGGAAAGGGAGAGGGAGCAUACUUAAAUUCACACAGGACAACGGUUAAGACAGGAGAAUAACACCAGAUAUAUCAGACUGACCCUAGCCCCCCGGCACAUAGGCAUAGAGACUGGAGGCUGAGACAUCUCCAAAGAUGUUCGAUCUGGCUGGGCCACUCAGACAUUCAGAGACUUGUCCCGAAGCCACUCCUGUGUUGUCUUGUUGGAAGGUGAACCUUCACCCCAGUCUGAGGUCCUGAGCGCUCUGGAGCAGGUUUUCAUGAACAUUCUCUCUGUACUUUGCUCCGUUCAUCUUCCCUCGAUCGUGACAAGUUUCCUAGUCCCUGCCGCUGAAAAACAUCCCCAGAGCAUGAUGCUGCCACCACCAUGCUUCACCGUAUGGAUGGUGCUAGGUUUCCUCCUGAUGUGACGCUUGGCAUUCAGGCCAAAGAGUUCAAUCUUGGCUUUAUCAGACCAGAGAAUCUUGUUUCUCAUGGUCUGAGAGUCUUCAGGUGUCUUUUGGUAAACUCCAAGCGGGCUGUCAUUUGCCUUUUACUGAGGAGUGGCUUCCGUCUGGCCACUACCAUAAAGGCCUGAUUGGUUGAGUGCUGCAGAGAUGGUUGUCCUUCUGGAAGGUUCUCCCAUCUCUACAGAGGAACUCUGGAGCUCUGUCAAUGCUGCAGAAAUCUUUUGGUACCCUUCCCCAGAUCUGUGCCUCUACACAAUCUUGUCUCGGAGCUCUACGGACAAUUCCUUCAACCUCAUGGCUUGGUUUUUGCUCUGACAUGCACUGUCAACUGUGGGUCCUUAUAUAGACAGGUGUGUGCCUUUCCAAAUCAUGUCCAAUCAAUUGUAUUUACCACAGAUGGACUCCAAUUAAGUUGUAGAAACAUCUCAAAGAUGAUCAAUGGAAACACAAUUGAGCACAAUUUUGAGUCUCAUAGCAAAGGGUCUGAAUACUUAUGUAAAUAAGGUAUUUCUGUUUUGUAUUUUUUAUAACUUUGCACACAUUUCUAAAAACCUGUUUACGCUUUGUCAUUUGUCAUUGUGUGUAGAUUGAUGAGGGGAAACAAAUAGUUUAAUCCAUUUUAGAAUAAGGCUGUAACGUAACAAAAUGUGCACUGUAUACUUCCAUACAUUUUAACUGGUACCGGGCUACCUUCAGACGAGUCCCAUGAUGCUUUUGGGGGUUGUAGACGGAGAACGCCACCGUGUUGGUGAGAGUCAUCUUUCCAUAGAGUGGUCAUAUUAGUUUUAUAGGCCAAACCGUUCGGACAUUAGACGUUUUCAUGAGAAGACCGAUUUUCGGGAUGUCUCAAGGUCUGACAAACACUGCUGUAGCUCGGUCACCUUCCACCGCAGAUGCGGAAGGCAGCCAUGCAGUGGAUUGAGACGCAGCCCUAUCUCUAGCUGAAGCAGACAGAUUUUAAUGGGGAUUGUUUUUAUUCUACUUAUUAGAUUUCCGCUGGGGCACGGACAAGCGACUAGGGGGUUAAUAGAAAAACUCCAAAAUUGUCCACAACAAUGCUUAAACCACAUCAGGAGACCACUUUUGAGGUCUGAGAAAAAUAGAAGACUUUUUGGUUGUAGUUACCCUUUAAUGCAAGUGCACCAACAAGAGACCGUUAAUUGGUUAGCAGUGUAUCUGUAGCGCUCAUGUGAUUGCAGAGUUUGCAAAAUAAAUGGCCACUGGAUUGAUGCAAAUAAUCAUGACAUCAUUCUGCCAGGUAGGCUACUCUGUCGUUAACAUUUACUUAUGAAGGUUUUUGGGAAAGCCUUUCCAUCUCUACCAGAAGAAGGUUGUUAUUAGCAUCAUCGGUAGCUAAUGGAUACAUUGUAGGCAUAUGCGCGCACCGCACACACACAGGUAUUCCUGUGCAGUUUCAGAAAGUUGCAGGAAAAUACAAAUCACUUAUGCAUUUUGUUCAUGUCUUAUGAUUAACUUGGGCAAAUUAAUGCAUUUUCUAAUAAGUUCAAUACAUUUAUGAAUUUUGUUGAAUUCCGUUUUAAUGUCUGGAUUCCAUCCACGUUCUCCAACGCAGAUUUUGUAGCGCCCUAAUAAUGAUGAGUGAGAAAGUUAGAUAUGUCAUACCCCCCAAAAAAUGCUAACCCUCCCCUGUUAUUGGUAAUGGGGUCAUGAUCUUGGUGCCUCCUUUAACUUUAUCACUCAUUAUUAGGUACGAUUCAUUCAUAAUUAUCCGUAAUCAUGGUAGCUUUCACAUUAAUGUAGAAGUGUUCAGAAACAUUGACAAAGAAAGUGACUCCAAAAUGACACUACAUUAUUUUACCAUUAAUUUCUAUUGGGCACAACAUAGGUUGUAGUCACAAGGUUUGUAGUCACAAGCUUGAUGUAGUCAUUGUGUCCUAUGAAUAUGGGACAAAGUACUAAACUUUGGACUACUUUAAUACACAUAAGUGAAUUUGUCCAAAUACUUAUGACACCUUCAAAUGGGGGGACUAGAUGCAUACAAGUGCUUUCAUUUCUAAACGGUAAUACCGAUAUGUAUGAAAAUAACCUCAAAUAAAAGGUGACAUUCUGUACUGCCUCAUGAAACAUUUGAUAUCAAAUCCAAAAUGCUUGAGUAUAGCGCCAAAUUAAAAGUUUUAGCUUCACUGUCCAUAUAUAAAUACGUAGGGGAGUCUGAGACAAUACGAACAUGGCUGUAGACGUGUCCGUUUGGACCUGGGACUCUAUCCUGUAUCCCCCUGAACAUUACAUUUUUGUAAUUUAGCAGACGCUCUUAUCCAGAGCGACUUAGUUAGUGAGUGCAUACACUUUUCAUACUCUAUUGUGAUUCUGUAUCUUCCUGACCAUGACUGCCAUGUCUCUACAGAGCGUUUCUCCAGGGUUCUGUUGGACAAGGUGGGGAUGGACAAGCUAAAGACGUGGGCUGCAGUGAACCGUGGGGCUAUCGUGCUCUGCUGGUGAGUACCUCUACACUGUUAGAUCUAAUUCCUCUAACCUGUCACAAACUGUAGCACAAUAGACAAAUACUGCAAAGCAAGCAAACUGGUGCUUAACAACAACAACAAAAAAUAGAAAUGAUACCAGCUCCUUCCUAUGAAUUGGAAAAAGUCCCACCAUUUGAACUUUGAACUUAUCCCUAUUUACAAUCCAAUCCUUGCAAAACUUGUAAACCAGGGAUUGGAACCGGUUCAGGGAACAGAAACGGGGACCAGUUUUUUUUAACGAGGAACAGAAUCGCGAACGAAAGUGAUCUAUACUGUUCCAAAACAGAACUGUUAUUUGAAAACCAUGGGAACUGGUUAAUAACGUUAUUUUACGUUCCAUUUUUUUCUCCAAUCCAACAAAACAUAAAGUGACCGAUGCCAAGCUCUCACUCUGUCACUAAGAAACGUAUUCCAGUGUCUGCCUGCCGACUGGAAUUCUUUGCCUGUCCAUGUGUAGGCAACCCGCCCCUCCCCCGCCGAAGCAUAGUCUAGUAGCCUAUUGACGUUACAAGCUUGAUUCAGAAAUUAGGGAGAGAUUUUUAAUUAGAGAAGAAUGGAUUAACCUUUUCAAUGCUAAUUAAGGAUUCUAUAGUUAUGUUUCACAUUGGAUUUAUUAACUCUAAAAAGGUAAGACGUGUUCUGCACACAGAAGUUUGUUUGCUAGCUGGUCCAAAGUUAAGCCAAAUCUGAAGAUUAGACAUUCAAUGUUCUUUCAUAGAAGCCGCUCCUCUGUAGGUAUAAUUGUGGGCCUAAUACAGAUAAUGCAAACCAGAUGCCCAGCGCUUCAAGCCAAGCGUACUCCUCCACCCUCUCACUCUCUCCCCACCCGCAAUAUUUGUCGCAUCUCGCGCCCUACACUCGUCUGUCCAAAGCAUGGAAAUAGCUUGCCUGCUCCAUAGCGAGCUGGUCUAUCUGAAGUCAUUUAAUGUCAAGCUAAAUGUUUUAAAAUCUGAGGUUUAAAAAGGAACAGAAAGGAAAGAUAUAAACCGUUAUAUAUUUUGGUUCGAGCCGGUUCAGAACUUUCUUUUGCUGGUCGGAACAGUGGAACGGAAAUAAAUAAUGGUUUUGUUCAGAAAGAAACAACCCCUGUUGUAAACAGAUUGAAACUAGAAGUGCUUUGAAAUGUUUACCAUGACAGCGAAACUCACUGAGCCAUGAAAAUGGUAAUUGAACUUAGGCCAAACACUUCAGGAAUACAAAACACCAUCUUUAACAUGAAAAGACUAAGCUUAAAGUUAUUUGUCUUAAUUUAAACAUUUAAAUCUUCCCAUCACUAUGGAUUUUCUGCUUGUCAUAUCAUCCUAGCUGUUGCCAGUGAAAUUGAGUGUAAAGUGAGAACAGGCAGGCGUCAGCUGGGGGUUAAGCAUGUCUUACAGGGCGGCUGUGUUUGUAUUCAUUCUCCAUAUCACUCGGUGACGUGGGUGAGAAAGGGGCGGGCUGUUCGGCACAGCUGCCCAUUGUGAAACAGCAACACAAGCAGUAGAGUACGCUUCCUCAAUUCCUUUGCUUUCAUUUUCUUCUCUCGUCUCUCUGCCUCUCUUCUCUUCCUCCAGUCCCUCUAUCCACUCUUGUGCUGUGCCACUGUCCCGCCUCCUCCUGCCAUGUCUUUGUGCCCAUUGUCCUUCUGUAAUCUCUCUAAGACUUUAAGCAGUGAGAGAUUUGUCUGAUUCAGUCUAUACAGUCCACAUUUGACAUUUAUAGCUGUAGUCUGCCAUAUCAAAUCAGUUUUUGUCCUAGGAUUUUUUUCCAGCAGCGGUAGCAGUUAGCGGGGGGGUGGGGGCAUAUAUCUAUACAUCUACAUUACAAAACAUUUUGUAUUUUUUGCAGUGGCGGCCACGAUUUAGCAGUGGCGGUGCAUCGCUGGUAAAUGCAUAUAGGGGAAGCACUGCAAAUUAUUUGAUUUAAUGCUAGAUGUUCACUAAUUUCUUCACUAUUAAUAUCCCAAAAAUAGUUUGACUUGGUUAACUUGGUAUGGGUAGAAAUGUUUACUAACCAGUAAGAGAUGAAAGGAAGGCAUUUGUUUUGAAAUGUGGGAUAUGUGUAAAGGUUACCUUCACCAACAUAUCUGUUAUUUUAUUUUUUUACAGUCUCCUGAACAGUGCAGACGAGAGUGUUGCAGAGGAGAUUAGGGGGGCAUUGAAGGCCUACGCUCCAGAACUACAGAAGAUCCAGAACUGUAAAGGAGUGGAAGUUCUUUUGGAGAAACUGGCCUGAUUUGUAUUUCAUGAUGUCUAACCUACUCAGAGACAGUCCACCCACUACUGUGACCUCUCACCAACUGGAGUAACAGGUUUUCAUUACAACAGGUUUAUCUGCUAAAAUUACUUCAGAGGACGCUUACUUGUACUGCAUUUAUGUUGUCCAAAUAAUUCCGAUGUGCUUGUUUGUAAAGCCGUGGUGCAAGUAUUUAGAUGUAAAAGACACAGAAAUACUGGCAGACAGUGUUUUUGUAUAAUUUUGUAACUGACCUGUAUUUUUGAGUUGUACUAGCUGACUGAGGAACCAGAAUAAACUAAAAUAAAAAAGAUAUUUAGUGCACAAUAAUAAAAAUGUUGA